AUGCUUGAUGUAAUUUGGAAUAAUAGAAACAAUGCUAUUUGGAACAAUGAAACGGACGCGGCAUUGGCGCUUGGUACACAGGCAUUCCGUAGGUGGCAAGAUUGGUACUUAGCGCAGGAUUGGAAGGAAAGUGGAAAUUCUGAUCAUCCUCCGUUGGUAUGGGAACCGCCAGGCACCGGUUGGUUAAAGUGUAAUGUAGACGCGGGCUUCAACAAUAACCGUGAGGCUUUGGCCUUGAAGGAGGCAAUCCAAGGAGCUAUAGCAAAUCACUUGGAUAAAGUUAUUUUUGAAAGUGAUGCUCUAAAGGUGGUUCAAGCGAUUCAUUCUCACCAUUGUGGAAAUUCUGAAUUUAGUGUGCUUAUUUUAUCUAUCCAAAACUUGUUACAAAUUUAUUCCAACUUUGAGGUUAAGUUUGUUAAGCUUCAAGCGAAUAUGGUUGCCCACUCGUUGGCGAAGGCGGCCAGUUUUUGGUCUAGGCGCAGUUAUUUUAAUAUUUUCAUGGCUAGACCGUUUGAACUGGUGAAGAACAUUGAUGAUACGAAGGAGCUUUGGAAACUUGCUGUCCGUAUCCAUCACAGAUGGACGGUUGUUAAUAAGAACAAGGAACACUUUGAGUUGGUUGUCGUUGACAAAGAUUUAGGCAUUUGUAUAUUUCACGUUUCUGUUAUUUUUGUUGUUUCUGCUAACCCUGUUUUACAUCCUCUUGUGGGUUGUGACAUCCAUGUCAAAGUUCCACAUCCUUUUAAACAAGCCUAUGAUGCACUGUUAACCGUUGACAACACCUACACAAUCUCGAACUUCCAAGUCUCUCUGAAUGAUUUACUUUUCAAGCCUUCAGAUCACAAGUUUAUGUUGACAUUUACUGGUGGUACAUCUGUUACAGACAAGAAUAAACAUGAUAUUCCUGCAAAGCCACUUAAAUUCACUUCUUUUACUGAUCUCAUGUCUGGGAAUUGGAAAAAGGAUGUACUAAUAGAUGUCAUUGGAAUGGUCACAGAAAUUGGUUAUACACAACUUCAACAAGGGGGGAAGAAACAACAGAUGAAUAUAUGUUUGAAAGAUUUGUCGGACAACAUUUUGAAUUGCACUUUGUGGGAAGGAUAUGCAGUGCAAUUCCAUGAUUUCAGUAAGACAAGAAAGGAUACUACUCCAAUCAUAAUUGUUUUGCAAUAUGCAAAAGUCAAGGAAGAAGGAUUGUAUCCAUUGUCUGUUUCAAACACUUUCAACGUUACAAAGUUGCAUCUCAAUGCUGACUUACCUGAGAUAAAAGAUUUUAUUGGAAGCCUUCCAAAGUACACUGAAUCAGAUUCUUCAAGCCAGGCUUUGAGUUUGCAGUCCCAAACUAUGUCACAAUACUCAAGUUCUUCUCAGCACACUCCUUAUGAUAAGCUUAUGUAUAAGGCAACUGUACAUACUUUGGCUGAUAUUGUAAAACUCAAGGAGCUGGCUCAAUGCGUGACCGUGGCAACCAUCACCAAACUGAAAGCUGCUCAAGGUGGAUGGUAUUACCAAGCAUGUCAUGAGUGUCCUAGGACAGCCAAAGGAUUGCUACCACCUUAUGAAUGUCUGCUUGGCCACAAAACAGAGACUGCAAUUUACAGGUAUAAAAUUUUAAUUGAGGUUUUUAAUGCUGGAACAAAAGCUACCUUUGUAAUAUGGGACCGUGAAGCUUUUCAACUUUUGAAGGUCACUGCUGCUCAGAUGCGCACUGACUUGAUUGAGGCUGGCGUUACCGACCCUCUUGAUUUUCCUGUGGCACUUGAUGCAUUAGUUGGAAAGACCAUGGUUUUCAAAGUCAAAUGGCAACCUGACUGGGAAAAUGGAUCUGUUAUGUCUAUACUUGAGGAUGACAUUGUUAAAAGGGAUAUACUACGUUCAUUUGGCCAGGAAUUGCCUGAUUCACAGAUGAUGAACACUCCUACUCUAACACAGAACAAUGAGAGUGUUGCUGAAGCUUCCCGGUUGGACGAUUGGGACAUCAUUCCGGAAACCGAUAUUACGUCUAAUACAUUGCCGGAACCGCUUACACCCACUUCAGCUGCCAAACGGAUUGCUCCACAUGAAUCACAAGAUAUUAUUACUCUUUCAUCUCAGACAUCUGAAGGACAACAGUCUUCAACAAAAAUGAAAAAACAUAUCAAGCUGGAGAAUUAG